CACUCUCUAACAACAGAUUUGUGCCUUUUUCCGAAACCAGUGAAGCUGAUAUAAGCCUGUAACAGGUACAGAAUGAGCUGUUAGUUUGUUAUUUAAGCACAACCGCGCCCUGAGUGAGUACAAACGUGCUCUAAGAUUGCCUGUGUCUUUAAAAACCCGAAGACGGUCUGUUUACAAGACAAAAUGGUGUCAUCUGUAUUCUUCAUAAGUUUUCUAAUAACGUCGUGUGUUUUAGGAGCACCAGAAGUGUCGAAACCCGGGUUAGGUACUAUUACUGGAUCGACUGUAAGUUACAACAUUGGGAAUAAUCGGUCAGAGGAGGUGGAUGUUUUUAAGGGAGUGCCGUAUGCUAUGCAACUGACCAAAGAUCAGCGUUUUCAAUAUGCCCAACCGAAACCUGCAGUCUCUGACGCCGACCCCGUUUUUAACGCAUUAGAUUUUGGAUUCUCUUGUCCUCAAAUAUGUUCACCAAUAAAGGAACCAGCCGAGGAAUUAUACUAUGGUAUGAAUUUCGGAAUUUAUAAGAUCGAUGAAGACUGUUUAACACUUAAUGUCUAUAGGCCUAAUAACAGAUCUGGUAUUAGUCUACCGGUAUUGGUUUGGAUUCAUGGUGGUGCUUUUCUCUCGGGUGCUGGGUCAGAUUACGAUGGGGGUACGCUUGCUGCUUACGCUGAUGUUGUUGUAGUUACAAUUAAUUAUCGUCUUGGGGCAUUUGGAUUUCUAACCACUGAAAAUAGCACCGCACAAAUAAACGUAGGGCUAGAUGACCAACUCCUUGCAUUGAAAUGGGUUCAUGAAAAUAUAGACGCCUUUGGAGGAGACCAGAGCCAGAUUACAUUGGCUGGAGCAGGCGCGGGGGCCGAAAGUGUCACCUAUCAUAUGCUUCAAGAGGAAAAUAAAGAAUAUUUUCAACGAGUUAUCGCAUUGAGUGGUGUAAUUUCUGAAGACAAAAUUGUGAAAAAUCCUGUGGAAGUGGCAAAUGUAUUUACAUCAGCAGUUUGUGAGUCCGAAGAUAGCACUGUAGAAUGUCUGAAAGAUUUGGAAAUUCAGGAAAUAUUAGAAGGACCUGUCAUUGACGAAGGUAGUAUACUUUCAUAUUUUGGACCAACUGCAGAGAAAGAGAAAGAAUCAAUCGAUGAUCUGCUCAAAACAUCAAUGCAGGCUACGAAUUUCGACCUUAUGAUAGGUGUUACUGAUGCUGAUGCUUCAAUUUACAUUGACUUCUUAAAGGGAGAAAACAGUGAUGGAAUUUCAAGAAGUCUUUUUUCUGAGACUGUAGCCACGAUUUCUAAUUUUUACGACUGCUGCAUGGAACUGGUUUCAACCAUCAUCUCGAACAGUUACAACGAUUGGACGGACCCAGAUAGUGACGUUGCAAGGUUAGAUAAAUUGACGGAGCUUCUGACCGACUGGUUCUACAUCAAACCAGUGACAGAGUUGAACAGAGCAAGAGCUGCGUCUGGAUCUCGUCAGACAUACUAUAUGGUGUUCGAUCAUAAAACAGAAUCUUCAGAGGAGGAGUCUUCAGAAGACAUGGUGCCAUACAUUUUUGGGAACCCUUUUCAAUCAAAAACUAAGGACCUAUUCAGCGUUGAAGAGAGGAUACUGAGUCAUCAAAUGAUGGAAUUUGUGAAAAACUUUGUCUAUUUUGGAAACCCGAGUUAUGGAUCCAGAGUCCAAUGGGACCCUUACACGUCAGACGAGAAAUAUCUAUACAUUUCCAUUGAGAAUAAUAUCACAACUAAGGAAAGAUACGAAGCAGAUAGAAUGGCUAUCUGGUUAGACACAAUUCCUCAGCUCAUCGAAAACCUGAAGAUGACCGUCAAAGGAGCCCAAGAAGUCGAUGUUCUAGGGUCCACGUUAAGUAUUGAAGAAGCUGAGGAUGUGAUCAACGGCCUCGUGUAUGCAUUAAUUGCUCUUCUUGCCAUCGGGGUUCUUGCAGCCACUGUCCUCCUUGCUCAACGAAAUAAGCCUCCUGUUGUUUACGACAUGGAAAAUAAAGAUCAGAGAAGCGAAAUUCCUAGCCCUCCGAUUUACACCCCACCAUCAACACUCCAAAAACCCAAACCCGAACUGAUGGCACCUCCUGAGGAAACAAAUUCUAGUUAUAACAACCACACUUACGCUUACGACGAAAAUGAGCACGUCUACGACAACCAACCAGCGAUUGCCGAGUUGCACACGGAACCAAUGGAAGCGCAAGAACCACAGCGCCCUGUGUCGUUCUCAACAUUUUCUGGCACGGAUUCUGGUGUGAACGAGGACGAACAAGAAAGACCAGACAGUGCGCUGGCCGCGCUCGAUAAUUUGGCUUAUGAAGAUUCACCAUAAAUUACAGAACCUGUAAGGCGAGACUUUUUGUACCUUUUUAGCAAACACUCCGACCGCCAAUAAUUAAUGAUUUCAAAUAGAAAUAAAAUUUUUAUUCUUGGCCAGUUAGGGUACCUUUCGUCACGAAAAUGGAAAUUUCAGAAAAAAAAAAUGUUUUAAAGUUAUAUUAAAUAUAAUUUAAAAGCCUCCGCUCCCCUGAUCUCUAAAAAUAUAUUUCCCCAAACCAUAUAUUUAUAGCAUUUAUCAAUUUUAUUAUUACACUGUUUGUUAUACAUUUAUCAAUAAAAUUGUAUUAGGCCUAUUAUUAAUUUAUCCUCCGCCUACAAUUGCAAUGCACUUCAUUUGAUAAUCACCUCCAAUCAAAGGUAUGAUCAAAUAACAGGCACAAUACAAACAAUGAAAAUGAAAAUACAGAAAGAGAAAACCAAUGUAAAAAGUUUACAAGAAAACCCCGAGUUACAGGCGAUGGACAAAACCAAAUAAUCCGAUCCCCGUCUUCAGGCCGAAUCCUUAAGGGCAGUACGCCGUUCAGAUGCAGAUGUAACAAAUUCAAUAACAGGUUUGAUGACAUCAUAGCAAUUUUUCUACCGUUGACAUAUGUUUGAAGUUUUCAUAAUAUUCAAGUCCGUUGAAAAGCUUGUUAUUAACAUUAUGUGAAAUGGGGCAGCAGAUUAUAAAAUGGAAUUCAUCUUCAACUUCACAAAGGGUGCAAAGUCUGUUUUCAGCUUCGGUUUCAGGGAUAGUGAAUCUUCCCCUCUCAAUUUAAAGGGUGUGUGCACGUGAGCGUAACUCGCAGUUUACUGAAAAAUUUCCUGUUGGCAAUCAUCAUUUUGCUAAGAAAACAAAAUUUUCCUUUUCCCGCCCUUCCCUGACAAAAUAAGUUUGCUAAACAAGGUAUUAAAAAGAAGUCUCGUCUAUAAUGAACAGUGACAGGUUAGUAUCAUUGUAAAGGUGUCUGAUGUUUUGUACAAUGGAAGUACGUAUCAACAAUCUUUGAACAUCAACGCAUCGACUAGCAUUUCUUUUCGUUGGAUAUGUAUAGGCUACUUUUGAUGAAUGUUUUUCUGUCAUUUAUGUUAUUUAGAGCGACUCCAACCGACAUUAUUUAUUAUCGUUAUUCACAUGGAUGUCAGUCUGUACCGCAAAUUAUUUAGCCCAUGUUUUGUCUUAGAAUGAUACGGAAGUAUAAAUAACAUAUAGGUCUCUAUAUAUCGAUUUUUUCGCCAUUGUUCCUAGGUAUAGCCUGGUUACCAUAGACGAGCAAAACAUUCUAUCAAAAUACAGGCCUAUUCCAGAAAGGUGUACAGUAUAUCUCAGCUAGCAUACCCAUACGGUAUGGUCUUGACCUUCAAUUACAGAUACAGUACAUAAAUUCACUAUUAUAAAUUUAUUUACCAUCAAGUACAAAUUGUAUAAUAUUAAACUUCUAUAAUUUUUAAUUAUUUCUUAUAAUUCUAUUCUGUCAUUAUUGUAUAAAUAUGGUAAAAAAAUUUUUUUUUUAAUUUACUGAUUUUUGUUUGUCUUAUACAAACAAAAUAAUUUGUUUGUGUUCUUGUAAUUCCUAAAACUGAAAUAUGCAAUUCAAAAACACUAAUGUAACCUUAGUGUGGGGACAGUAAUGUAUGUACUACUAAUAGACAGAUAAUGUGCAUAUUAAUAGCCUAUUUAUAGAUUAACAUAAGACAGAUAAAAUUUUUUGUGAUGGAAAAAAUAUUUAUACAAUAAUUUAAUUAUUAUAUAUCCGCAUUAAUCAGUCUUGUUUAACUACUUUCUAAAUUAUGUUUUUUUAAUUGUCUGGUAGUACUGUAGUAGAAUUAUUUUACAAGAUAUUAAAAUUCAAGUUGAAUUUGUUAAAAUGUUGCUUUCAUAAUAGUAUUGAAUAUAGUUUUGGAAUUAUCUAAUGACAUCUGCAGCAUCAUGAAAAUGAAUAGUUUGGUGACUGUGAUGUUAUAACAAUAACGAUUAUGCCUUGCAUGUGCGUAAUUCAAGUCCAAUAAAGUUUUGUCUGCGAACGCCA